UUGGGCAGAACCCAUGGCCGCGGCAGCAGCUCCGCUCAUGUCCGGGCAGGGACCUGAGUGCGAUUCACCCCGAACCAGAUGUCGGUGCCCAGGCGGGUCAGGUCUGCACCAGCCCCAGGACAAGGUGUCAGUGGCACUGGGGGAGACGCUCACCCUGAAAUGCAAUACGUCUGCAAUGCUUGAACCAAGUCCUGUGAGGUGGCUGAAGGGCUGGGGCAAUGAGAACAAGACCAUCUAUGACCAGAGAGAGUCCUUUCCCCGUGUGAUGAGAGCGGUGGGUGAGUCCAACACAGACUUCACCAUCCACAUCAGGAACAUUACGCUUGAGGACAUGGGCACCUACUACUGUGUGAAGUUUUGCAAGGGUGACACGGGUGAGGAAGAGGUGUUUCAACGUGGCCGUGGCACAGAGGUGUCCGUGCAAGAGACAGCCCUGGUUCCUGGAAUGGUGGCUGCAGCUGUAGUGCUCUGCUUCCUCCUCCUCCUUGGCCUCUUCGUUGCCCUUUGCCUGUACAGGAAGAAGCGCCAAGGCGGGGUGGGCAGCCUGUGCCCAGCCAGGAUAGUGGCCAUGGGCAGCUUCUCGUCUGUCCCUGCGCAGUGCUAUGCAGGGACCCCCAGAACCCCCAGUGAAGUCCUGGAUGCAGAGAGCUCCCACCUGCCCUGCCAGAUUUUUCUUGCAGUACUGUUCCCUAUUUGUGUGCACUUUUGCAGCAGAGCAGCAAGGAGGAGAACAACAUCCACUAUGCCGACCUGCAGCCUCUGCCCGCGGUCCCACGGCGCAGCAGGAGCCCGGGCACAGCCCCCACCGAGUAUGCCAGCCUCAGGGCAGCUGCCAGGUGAUGCAUGGCACCCCUGCCUGCACGGCCAGGCCCUGUCAGGGUGGAAAAUGGGAUGUUUCUGCAGAUUCAGAAUAAACACAAUUUCACAAUAAAGAAAGAAGUGGA